AUGAAAAACGCAUAUAUAACAAUAGUGAUUGUAAGUUUGCUCACUUUAGGAAGUUCAAGUAAAUGCUAUAAAAUAUUUAGAGCUAACACUCCGGCAAGCAGUCGAUCUGGAUAUACAAAAUUUGAGAUGUCGAGAUCUAGAUGAUAUAAAUAUUAUGAUCUCUGAUACAAUAUAAUGGAAAGAUGCAAUAGAAUUAAAUAAUUAAUUAGGAGAUGAUCUUAAUGGAUUAUUGGAAGUAGAAAAAAUUGUUAAAAAUACAAAACAAUAGUUAUUGCAUUAAUAAUAAUCAUUAAUUGAAAUUGAGAUGCCUGAUAAACAAGACUUUUAAGCUAAAUUUGAGACAGAUCUUGCUAAAAUCAUGAAGUUAAUGUNA